GGGUUGUUCAAACAUCUGUAACAUUAUAAUUCAAUAUUAUCACCACGUAGUGCAUUUGAAUAAUUAAUUAUAUAGAACAAAUAACAAACAGGUGAGUUGGGAACUAUGUCGGGGGCAUCAGAUUUCUUAUCCAAGGGCAUAGAUUUAGUUCAGAAAGCUAUAGAUGCUGAUACAGCCACUCGAUAUGAAGAAGCAUAUAAAUUGUAUUAUAAUGGAUUAGAUUAUCUUAUGUUAGCAAUCAAAUAUGAAAAGAAUGCCAAGUCCAAAGAAUUAGUCAAGUCUAAAUUUACAGAAUAUUUGACAAGAGCAGAACAAUUAAAGGACCAUUUGGAGAAACAACAAAAUAAGAAUGGUGGAGGCGAAAGCUCGUCCACGAAUGGUUCAACCAAAGCAAAGAAGGAUGGAGCUGGUGGAGAUGAAGAUGAUGCCGAUACCAAAAAGUUGAGAGGUGCUUUGGCUGGAGCUAUUCUUUCAGAAAAGCCUAAUGUUAAAUGGAGUGAUAUUGCCGGGUUGGAAAGUGCUAAGGAAGCAUUAAAGGAAGCUGUCAUUUUACCUGUCAAAUUUCCUCAAUUAUUUGUUGGUAAUAGAAAGCCAACUAGUGGUAUCUUAUUAUAUGGUCCACCAGGUACUGGUAAAUCUUAUUUAGCUAAAGCAGUUGCAACUGAGGCCAAUUCUACUUUCUUUUCUGUUAGUUCAUCUGAUUUAGUUUCUAAAUGGAUGGGAGAAUCUGAAAGAUUAGUUAAACAAUUAUUCACUAUGGCUAGAGAAAAUAAACCGUCUAUUAUCUUUAUUGAUGAAGUUGAUGCUCUUUGUGGUCCAAGAGGUGAAGGAGAAAGUGAAGCCCUGAGAAGAAUUAAGACUGAAUUAUUGGUUCAAAUGAAUGGGGUUGGGAAUGAUUCUGCUGGUGUAUUAGUUUUAGGUGCCACAAAUAUUCCUUGGCAAUUGGAUGCUGCCAUUAGAAGAAGAUUUGAAAGAAGAAUUUAUAUAUCAUUACCUGAUGUGGAAGCUAGAACUCGAAUGUUUGAAUUGAAUAUAGGAGAAGUACCCUGUGAAUGUACCAAUCAAGAUUAUAAAUUAUUAGCAGAAAUGACUGAUGGUUAUUCUGGUCAUGAUGUUGCUGUUGCUGUGAGGGAUGCCUUGAUGGAACCAAUUAGAAAAAUCCAACAGGCAACUCAUUUUAAAACAGUUCAGGAUGAUGAUGGCUCUGAGAAAUUAACUCCAUGUUCUCCUGGAGAUGAAGGAGCUAAGGAAAUUAAUUGGAUGGAUAUUGAAACCGAUGAAUUGAAAGAACCACCUUUAACGAUAAAAGACUUUAUUAAGGCUAUUAAGAAUAAUAGACCCACAGUUAAUGCUGCUGAUAUUCAAAACCAUGUUAAAUUUACUGAUGAUUUUGGUCAAGAGGGUAAUUAAUUUAUCCAAUAUAUAAUUGAUAUAUUAAAUCUUUAUUUUGGCAUAGUAAUAUACAUAAUGACUAC